GUGUGUGUGUGUGUAAAACCUCGCUCCUCCGACGCCGCCAAGUCCUCUGUCACCCCACACGUGAGCUGCGCGCGCAGGAAGCGUCCGAUUUGUGACGGGGACACAAAGUUAGAGGCUUUUUGUGCGUUUUCCUGCAGAUAGUCUUGUUCUCAUGGACCUGCUGCUCCAUGGGACCGGUGCCUGCUGUGGGUGAAGUCCUGUCACAUCCCCCGAAGAGGAGCUGGCGAAGAUGCUCCGUCUUCUUGUGUUUCGGAGGAACGGGGAGCGAGGAAGCGACAAGCAGGUCAUAAACCAUUAAUCUGGGCUUGGCUACUCAACCAGCAGAGGUCCAAACUCAAAUCACAGCAUUACAAUGGGGUAUGGGGAGGUUCUCCAUAGAUGCAGUGUUGAGGACAACUUGGUCAAUCUAAAUGUUGGGGGUUUUAAGAAGAAGGUGGAUCACAACACGUUGCUCCGCUUUCCUCACACCCGCCUGGGUCGGCUACUGUGCUGCCGUUCUGAAAAGGCCAUCCUGGAGCUCUGCGAUGACUACAGCGCAGCCGACCGGGAGUAUUACUUUGACAGAAAUCCCCAUGUCUUCCGCUGUGUUCUCAACUUCUAUCACACUGGCCGUAUCCACAUGAUGGAGGACCUGUGUGUGUUCUCCUUUGGCCAGGAGAUUGAGUACUGGGGGAUUGGAGAACUCUGCCUCGGCUCGUGCUGCAUUGACUGGUACCAGGAGCGCAAAGAGUACAUUGAAGACACAGACUGGGACUUGAGAAGCGAUGAGCAGCAGCCCAGCUUUGAUUCUUCCUUUGAUGAGCUCUCUGGCUUAGACAAGGACUUGGAAAAGUUUGAGGGCACAUGGUGUUCAAAGGUUCGGCGCUAUGUCUGGCUUCAGCUCGAGGACCCUGGGCACUCUUUCUCUGCAAAAGUCAUCACUGUGGCUUCACUGGGUGUAGUGCUCACCUCAAUUGCUGCUAUGUGUGUUCACAGCAUGCCUGAGUUCCAGAAGCUAGAUGCCUACAACCGGCCCAUUGAGGACCCCACGCUAGCAGUCCUUGAGACUGCCUGCAUUAUUUGCUUUUCUGCAGAGUUUGCCAUUCGGCUCGCUGUCGCCCCCUGUCCAAGAAGGUUUCUGGGAAACCCAUUAAAUCUCAUUGACUUUGCCUCCAUUUUGCCCUUCUAUGCUACAUUGGCAUUUGAGACAGCAGGCGAGGGGAGCGAUGAGGAGAACGAGAACCUGGAAAAUGUUGGGAAGGUGGUGCAGGUCCUACGUCUGAUGAGAAUUUUCCGCAUCCUUAAAUUGGCUCGACACUCUGUUGGCCUCCGUGCCCUUGGAGCCACAAUGAGACACAGCUACCAGGAGGUUGGGCUGUUAAUCCUCUUCCUCUCUGUGGGCAUAUCUAUCUUCUCUGUCCUGAUCUACUCUGUGGAGAAGGAGGAGCAGGCCUCAGAACUGGCAAACAUUCCUGUGGCCUGGUGGUGGGCCACCAUCACCAUGACCACAGUGGGCUACGGUGACACAUGCCCUGUCACUCUAGGAGGGAAACUGGUGGCCACUCUGUGCAUCAUCUGUGGUCUACUUGUGGUGGCAUUGCCAAUUACCAUCAUCUUCAACAAGUUCUCCAAGUAUUACCAGAGGAGCAAAGUAAUCGAAACAGAGCCAAGCAACAAUGACAUGGAAAGAGAGGAUCCCAACCUCCCAUACUUCAAUGUCAUAGACUCAUAUACCCAGAAGAUGGAGUCUUUCCUUGAUAGCCUUCCUUCCAGGGCCAGUAACUGUGAUGGUGAGAACAACACAGAUGCUGCAAGUAUCCCGCAAACUGAUAUGGUUAGUAACCUAAUAGGGCACCAGAAUGGCCAAAUUAGCAGUAAUGCUAUGUAG